UGAUUAGAAUACCUUCCACUGCAGGAUAGCACGGAAGAAGGACUAGUGCCGGAUGGUGUGAGUGUCACACGAACGAUCUCCCACACCUGAGCUAGAAGAUUUUGUUCUGGAUUGAUUCUCUUCUCCGAUUUUAUCAAGAAAAUUUUAGUUUCGACGCAAGGAACUUGGAAAUAUAACAGGAAUUAACACUUCUAGAUCAGAUAAAGGAGAACAGCUGUAAAAUCUGAAUAACGGAACUUCUGUCGAUGUUAUCUUCGAGAUUGUUUAAACAACUUCAAAAGACUCCAAGUCAAGACCAUGGGAACAAGAAGAAAGAAGAUCAUGUCACAGCCAGUCCUAUUUCUAACCGAACUUCUAAGCCUUCUCUCAUCGCAUUGUAUUUUUGUCGCUGCUGUUUCUGCAGACUGCAAGUGUAUCGUAUUUGAUAGUACUUACGGAAAGGAAUAUGGUGUCUUCAAAUCACCUAACUGGCCAGUUCCUUACGAGGAUAACAUCAAUUGUCUCCUCUACACUUUCAUCUCCGAGCAGAAUUACCUCAUUAAACUUGUAUUUGAUGAAUUUGAUUUAGGCAAGUCAAACUUAAGAUGUAAAUAUGGAGACUAUGUGAAAUUAUACUUGCACUUAAAGGAACCGCUAGUAAACCAGAACACCAGCCACAAUACGUUCCUCUGUGGUAAACUAUCCGAUAUUCAACAGACUCACUACUCCUCAGGGAGCGCUUUGAUCUUCGAAUUUCACACAGACUGGCGUCAUGAAAAUAACACAGGCUUUCGAGGCACUUUUCGCUUCCUCAAUAAGACGUUAUUCCAAACCGUUGGGGAGCACCAAAAUGGAACCAAGUGUGACUACAAGUUUAUAAGUGAGAAAAUCAAUCAGAGUAAGGGGCGCUUUUUCUCCCCACAAUACCCCAGCACUUACCCUAAAGAUGUGGAAUGCUCUUACCAGUUUAUAGGGAGACAAAACGAACGGGUUAAGAUCAUAUUUGAGCAAGUUCAUCUACAGAAAAGCGAUUUAAGUUGCCUUAACGAUCCAGAUAAUAUAGAAAUUCACGAUGGGGAUAGUGCUGAAAGCCCUGUUAUUGAACAUCUCUGUAAUAUUAACACUUUUGUGGAGACUGUUUCAACAGGUCCGGAACUGUACAUCGUGUUCCGUAGUCAAAGUCAUUUUCCCUCUCAAGGAUUCAAGGCCACUUUUCAGUUUGAGGACGAUUCCACGUUUGGAGGGGAUACAGAAACACCAUUGAUGGAACCAGACCGAAGAAAACUAUAUCAAGAAAUUACCACUGCCGGUCCAACGCCACCUUGUAUACAAACAAUCGACAGCGACAACUCCAAAAACGGAACCUUUACGAGUUCCAACUACUCAGGACCAUAUCCAGUCAACAUUCAUUGUGUGUACCAUUUUACCGGUAGAGGUCGUGAGAGGGUUCAAAUUCUUUUUACCGAUUUUGACCUGUAUCUUCCUAGUGAUGAAGCUAAAGACUGUGAAGGCCCUAUCGACGCUGUUAUGGUAUUUAUCACUAUUAAUGGACAGAAAGAACGCUUGAAUAACUUCUGCGGCAACAAUCUCCCCCCACAAUUGAUGUCUAACGGACCAUCAAUGACAGUUGAGUUCAAAAGCUAUCAGACUCCAUCAAAUGUAAAAGGCUUUCGGGCAAUUUAUCGUUUUGUCACUAACUUUGGAAUCACUGCUGGAGUACAAGAUCCCCAACAAGUGUGUGGCUUCAUUUUUAAUAGUACGGUGAGAACAAACGGGACAUUUACAUCACCUAACUAUCCGGGUCUAUAUCCUCGAGCGACAGAGUGUCAUUAUUUUUUUUACGGAAAAGGAAGUGAGCGUCUUACUCUGACUUUUGCCUAUUUUGACGUAGAGGGCGUUUCACCGUGUACAACUGACUUGGCUAGCGACUUCGUCGAAUUCUCCAACUUUCGUACAGUGGACAGGAAAAUUCCGAGACACUGCGGUGGGAAGAAACCCAAAAUUAUUGAGUCCGAUGGAGAUUUCUUUCGGGUCGCUUUCAAAUCCAAUGGCAAAUUUGACGGAACAGGAUUUGAAGCUUUCUAUCAGUUUCGAAACUACGUGGACCCUCUUACUGUCAAAAGGAUUUCCGGAGUUGCAAGUUUGAACCCAUGGAAAGUUUCCACACUUUCUCCUCUGUUGUUGAUUACCCUCUGGUUGAUGGUACUGUGACCUCGGCAAGAAACGAAAAGUAAAGGAAAUCCUGCAAUGACGUCAAAGAUCUAGCAAGAACUAUUGUGGGUUUUUCACGACAUUCGCUUAUUACGCCAGAGUUCUAUGUAUCUAAAUACUGAUUUUGAACUUGUGUCGUUGAGACCACAUUGGCGUUUAGAGUGUUGUAUUGUGCGCCUUUAAAAUGUCUCUGCAUUCUUUGCCUACUCAAAGGGUCUGUGCUGGGUCUCCUAAAUCUAUAAUUAGAGUUUAAACAAUUUAGUUACUUUAUAAGCAAAACCCUUUAGACUGUAUAGUUCUUUUUUUAUGUCUUGCAUUAAGGCCAACUUAGGAAAAACUACAAAUAUUAAAAACAAAAGGAAAUGAUGACCCACCAUCCAGUAAUAUAGACAAUGGCUUAGCUUGAUGGAAAUACAAUAAGCGGAUUUUUAUUGUAAAUGAUAUAGCCUCUGGGGCACUUUGGAAUCUUCAUUUCUUUCAAUUCACCAUCAAAUAAUCCUUUGAGAUACUCUUAUUCGUGCCAAAAUAUCGUAGAAAAACACAAGGGCUUCCAGGGUGAAGGAGGAGUAGAAAUAUUAAAUAACAUUCAAGGGUUAAAAAAGUGGUAAUUCAAAAUAAGGUUUUAAAAUGCCGAUUUCCAGAUCAGAUUGGAAGGAAUGUUUUUUUAUUUUGUUUUCUAGAACGGCGUGAUAAGGCAGCUGAAAUUGUAACAAAACGCACCGUUUAGUUUACUGUUUCUAUUAAACGCAAUCAUUAUUACGAGAGCAAAAUUCAUGUGCCAAUUUUUGUUUUCAGUAUACGAUAGACGCUAAACAAUUUUGAGAUUUACAUAUUCCGUUCGAGUAGUAAGGAUUAGAAUUGUAGGUGUAAAUAACAGUUAUUUUGGCAGUCAUUACUCCACAAACUUUUUGAAAGCUAUGAUACUGUACUUUUCAAUCAACCAAAAUUAGAAAAUAUGAGUAAAAAGAAAACAACAAAUAAAACAACCCUCUUUGCUUGUCCA